GAACAUUGCAAAAGACGCAGACCAUGGUCGUCGUGCAACGGUAAUAAAUAUAAUGUAACUCGGAUCGACGGUCGUACAUUGCAGCUACACCAGCAUCUCGACCGGAGCAACGCGGAAGGGCUCUGUGUCGAGUUCUCACACUCCGUGGUCCCGCUCAUCACCAAGGUUCUUGGCAUCAACCACAACGGUUGUCAAACAGUGGAUGCGAUUUUCUCGGCGCGCCAGUAUUUCUUCCAAUGCCUGCUCAGGAUGCCAAUGGUGGCUUCGGCUUAGCCCACAUCCAUGAGAUUUGAUAAAUUGGGCGCUACCGCCUCUCAUCUUUGCUGCCGAUUUCUUUUCGUCCUCAACUUUCUGCCUCUAUACAUCACAGCACAGUCCAACAUGGCCGAGUUCGAAAAGACAAGCAACGAUCGCUGCUUCCAAGGCUCAGAGCAGGCGCAAAUGGCACCAUACGCUUCGUGCCCUCAGCAAAAGUCUUUUGCACGUCGAUUAUACGGGUGGACAACCUGGGUCGCUUCAGUCGCAUUUAGUUCGUAUGCCAUUACACACUUCGGACCCAAAGCCACACCUUCAACCAGCACAAAAUCUUCAGAGGUGGUCUUCCUGACAAGUAAUGAGUCCUCUUUCGCGCCGCAACCAUCUCGUCUGGCUCGCCGGACGCAAUGCGCGACUGGAGGCGUUGAAGACCCGGAAGAAUACAACACACCCAUGCACGUUGGCGCUCUAUUCAUCAUCCUGGCGGUUUCCUUUUUGGGCUGUGCCUUUCCCAUUCUUGCUUCCAAGGUGCCUGGCCUGCGCAUCCCCGGCCGCUUCUUCUUCAUUGUUCGGCACUUUGGAACUGGCGUUCUGAUCGCCACUGCGUUUGUCCACCUUCUUCCUACUGCUUUCCAGAAUCUUUCCAACCCAUGUCUUGGCAAGUUCUGGACUGAGGACUACCCAGCAAUGCCAGGCGCCAUCGCCUUGGCUGCUGUUUUCUUAGUGGCAGUUAUUGAAAUGGUCUUUCAUCCGGCUCGUCAUAUUCCCCCCGCGAGCAUUGUCUCAAACCGGGGUGGCUGCAUGGCAGCCGCUCACACCGAUACCAGCGCUUUCGAGCCUCACCAAUGUGCUACAGAUGGCACAUCUCAUCCAGUACGAGACAUGGGCCCUCUGGCUGGUCGAUCUUCGAGCAUGGGCCAGGGCUUGACAAAUUUGGCACAGUCGCCAUCUCUGGCCUCAGAGGCAGUAGUAGCAGCUCCUUCAGCCAAGGGGAAUGAUGAAAAGGCAGCAGUGACAGACAUGUCAGUGGAACAGUCAUCAGCGGCCUCAAUCAACCUCAAGUCCGAGCACCAGAUGCGCAAGGACCGCCUGCAAUGUGUUUUGCUUGAAAUGGGUAUCCUCUUCCACAGCGUCUUCAUUGGCAUGGCCAUUAGCGUUUCAGUUGGAAACGAGUUUAUUAUUCUGCUGAUUGCCAUUUCAUUCCAUCAAACCUUUGAAGGCCUUGCUCUGGGAUCCCGAAUUGCCAAGGUACGCUGGGAGAGAGACACCGUCCAGCCCUGGCUGCUUGCCUUGGCGUACGGCUGCACCACCCCACUUGGUCAAGCAAUCGGCCUUGCUGUCCACAACCUUUACAGCCAGGAUUCCGAGGUUGGUCUGCUCAUGGUAGGCAUCAUGAACGCCAUCUCUGCCGGUCUUCUUACAUUUGCAUCCCUGGUGGAGCUCUUGUCAGAAGACUUUUUGAGUGAUGAAAGCUGGCGUUACCUCCGAGGCAAGGAGCGUGUUUUUGCGUGCGUUUUGGUUCUCCUUGGUGCCUUUGGCAUGAGUGUUGUCGGUGCAUGGGCCUAAUAAUGUAAUAUAUUUGACGGAAUAAUGUUGUAAAAAGGGAUUCACUUUUUUAUUUAUGACAUUUUAUAUACAUUUUAUACUACAGUGUUCUUGGCAACGACGCCACGUGCAAACUCGCCAAAGUUGAUGUGCUGCUUAAGGUCAACUUCCUCUUCGAGGUUGGGCUGAGUAAACACUGCGAGUGUGUUGCGUGCAAUCUUGCCACCGCUAAGCUUGGCACGAACGCCGCGGACGAAAUGAGGGACGGCCUUGAACUUGCCGGCAGUGAUGCGCUCGAGCGUCUCACCAGUUUGGAAGGCGAUGCAGUCGCGGGGAAUCUUAACCUGGACGGUUUCGCCAGUACGAGAGUGGAUAUACAGGCCAGCAGAAGGAUCUGGAGAGGCAGCAAGCUCUGUAAGCGCGGGAAGAUAGGUUCCUUCAGCCUUGUUGGCAUCGGCUGGUACCUGGGGGUUAACCUCAUGCUCAUCAAUGAACAUGGCGGAUGUAAGGCCGGUGAGACAGCCGUGGUCGAGAUGUGUAGCACACCAGUCAUCUUCUGUGCCGUCGACGAUAUCUUCAGGGCUUUGAGGGAAGUAGUGAAGCAGGCGAGCCUUCGUGGUGUGCGACGAGCUCACAACGUGCUCAAGAUAGCCCUUAGGGUAGCCUUCAAUUUCCUUUUCGGCGUAGCGAUCACAGGCUCUAGCGACAAGAGCUGCUACAUCAAUGAUGAGGUUGCAGAGAGUGGUUACCGAGGGCUUGAAGCCAGGAAGCGUUUCUUGUGGUGGCCAUACGUUGGGAGACAAGUACUCGGGGAAUGUGUCAAUGUUGAAGUUGUCUGUAGGAGGCGAGCACUCAAGAGUAGGAUCCUGGUGGAAGGCGCAGUUGGCGUAGUAUGAGCCUUUGUAGGUGUCUGGGGUGCCGUUCUUAAGUGUUUCCUUUCCCAAUGACCAGCCGGUCAAGUACUUUGACUUGACAUUCUCGAGUUUAGCUAGCUCUUCACUGGGGAGGUUACCGAGAUAUGAGCCAUAGGACAGAGUCUGGUGUCGAAGCUCAGCAAACUCUUCAGGGAUAUCCUUGACAAUGAGAAUACCAAGAGACUCGGGUCCGAAUGCUUCUUGCAAGGUUUCAAAGGGAAUGUUUC